AUUUUACAAAAAUGUUCUCCUAUUUCUAUUAUUUACUAAAAUAGAUUAUAUUAUAUAUUUUAUUUGUCGCAUUGUAAAAAUUCUCCAAUUUAUUACUAUUUCUGUCCUUCUUUUUACAUUAUAUUAAGUAUUAAAAAUAUUUAAAAUAUUCUUAACGCAUGGUACUUAGCACCAUGAAAAUGAGAUGAUAUUAUCUAUUUGAUAAUAUAGCGUACUACGUAGUAUAUAAAAUGGCGAGUAGAUGGCAUGGCAUCAUUGCAUCGUAUCGUUUUAUCAAAUAAUGUGUUUCUUUAUUAAUCUUAAUGGUUUCCUCUCUAUUAUUCAUAUCUCAAUGAUACCUCACAUAGUUCAAGUGUUACCAGAUCAAGAGUAUAAUGGAAAAAAAUCAAAUAUUAGUGCGAAAGAGAGUGACAUUGUCACUACUUGUCACUCAUACUUAGAGAGUAACAGAAAAUCAGAAUAUAGCAAAUUCCUCUUGCGAGGGAAUUUUUCUUACAACGCAAAAGCGUAGUGAUUUUCUUGACAACCCUGAUUUUAAUAAAAUGCGUAAAUAAUUGAUGUUUAAUUUUAAAAAUCGAAGCUGAUAAUAUUUUUAAAAAAUGUUGCGUCAACGUGAAUUACCAAGGGAUAGAGUACUUUUUCGAAUAUUAAAAAAUAAAAGUCCAACUGUUAGCAACAUAUGUGAAAAAUUGAAUUACAAUGUGAAAAAUGUUGUCUUGUUAUCAGAAGAUGAACUUUGUGAACUAUGGCAACAUGUGAAAACUAUACUAUUAAAAGCACAAAAAUUAUAUACUCAGGCAUCAAAUAAUAAAGGCAAAUAUUUGAGAGAACUUAAUGUUAUGGUUAAAUUGAUACAUACAAUAACUUCAAUGGCUCUUGAAACAAUUGUACAACGAAUGUUUGUACCCAAUAUUUUAUUACAAAAUAUAAUGUUACUACAUUCUGUUGUGUUACUUAAUGUAAAGGAUGAACAGAUUAAGAAUGAAAUAUCGUAUUUGUUGGAAAAAUGGUGGAUGUUAAAUAUGAUAUGGAAAGAAAAAGUAAUAAUAAAUGCAUUAAGAUAUCUUAUUCAAAGUUGCAAAUCUUCACUGCAACAUGUAAAACGUUUAUAUGAGAUAAGAUCUGCUAUUACAUUGCUAAAAUGUGCAGAAGAUAUACAAGAACUACUUAAACUUGUUCGAGAAAAAACUGUGAUGUCACUAGAAGAAGGUCGAAUGUUAAUAUUACAUUUAUUUACACUUGGUGAACAAUAUAUAUUGGGAAUACAUAAUAAUAUAAGAGUGGUAUUACAAAAUAUUGGACAUAAUUAUAUUGCUGCAUAUGCAGAUUUAUAUAUAAUUGCAUGGUUAAAUGCAACUGAAAAAUUAAAAAAAUUUAUUGUUGAAAAUUGUUUAUAUAAUAUUAUUUUUCAUUGCUUUCGGGCAUAUAGAGAUUCUGCUGGAAGAGGAAAACUUGGUAAAAAUCUGCUGUCACUUCUUACUGCUAUACAUAACAAUAAACAGCAAGUAGCUAGGUCAAUGAUUCACAAUCAAUGUAAACCUUUGCUUUGGAAACAUUUAAAGGCACCUGGUUCUUUCAUUAGAUGUAAUGCUGUAGAAAUUCUUUUUGUAACAAAUUCUGUACAAUAUACAUAUGCUUCAAAAGAUAGAAAUAAAAUUUACCUUCAAAAAUGUUAUAAAAUAAUAACUGAUCUUUUAAAAGAUUCAGAUUUUGAAGUAUGUAAUGUUACUAUGAAUGAACUAUUUAAGAUGUUAGAAAAAUAUUGGACUUUUGUACCAAGAAAUAUUAUUCGAGAUUGGUUAAACAUUUUAUUACAUUAUACAAAAAAUGCUAAUAAUUCCAAAAUAAGAGCAAAUGUUUUUAUUGGUUUAACAAGAAUAUUAAUUAAAGAACGAUCUCGUAGAAUGCUCAUAGAUUUUCUACCAAAUUUUGCAAACAGUAUUUAUGAUGAAGAUAAAGCGGUAUUAGAAGCGUUAAUUAAACUUCUUUGGCAUGUACAAAAUCAACUUGGAAUACCAUUUUGGAAUAUAAUACCUUUGACUUAUGUUCUCGAUCGUUUAGAGACUACUCAAGACAUAUUUUUAUUACAAGAAUUAAUAAAACUAAUUUGGUUACGUAUAUCAUUAAAUGGUACACAUUGUGAUAAAAUAAUAGAUGAAUUAGCAUAUAUAGGUACAAAUAAUAUAAAUGCUAUUAGAAGAUUUUGUUUCCAUUCUAAACUUGUUAUAAGCUGGAAUACAUCCACUAAACUUAUUGAGACUUUAUUAGUUAUGAUAAAAGAAGAAAUUAAAUGUUUACCUCUAAUGAAAUUAUUAAAUAAAAAUUGUAAUAAAAAGAUCAAAAUUGAUAAUAAGAGAAGCAAAUAUAUAAAUGAUUCUUUGAAUAAUUGGAAUAAAAACCUUGAUAAUUAUAAAGAUAAUUAUAAAGAUGUACAUAUAUAUAUUGAUGUUAUUGCUAUGUUAUUAAUAGGAAAUAUUAAAAAUACAAAGGAAGAAAAAUUCUAUAAAGAAGAGAUGAAUAUUUUACGAGUAAUUGCACAUGCAUUACCAGAAUUUUUUAAGUAUCUUAGAGAAACACCAAUAAAUGAAUCAGUAAUAUUUUUAUUUUCUUUAAUUCCUUCGAGAUUAUUUUUCAAUAAAAUUGAAGUUAUUGAAAUGUUAGUACAAGAAUUAUGUAAUCCAAAUGCUCCUGAUGAUACUAUUCUUUCAGUUAUACAUGUUCUCAUGAAAUGGAAUAAAGGAGAUACAAUUUUGUUUGCAUUAACGAAUAUUUUUACAGAAUCUUUAAAUAUAAGUUUAAAUAAUCAGCAUGUUAUUAAUAAUACAGAUGUAUUUCAAAUUAAUGAAAAAGGUUUAGAAUUAAGUUUACGAAUUCUAAAACAUUUAUUACAUGAUGAAUAUCAAUCAGUUUUAAUGAAUAAAUAUCAUAAAGAUAUACUUAAAUUUUGGAAAAACUUAUAUAGAUUAAGAAGUUUUAUAGAAAAAGAAUUAAAUAACGAAUGCAAUAUAAAAAGUCUGAUAUCCAAAGAUAUAAUUGUGCAAUUUUUUAAAGAAUAUAUAUCAAUGAUUUCAAUAUUAUAUAAGAAAGAUAUAUUUGAAGCAUCAGAUCAAUUCUCAGAAAUUUUAUUAUGGAUUAGAAGGACAAUAAUACCACAUAUAUCGCAGAUAGAUAUAAAUACUAUAGAAAACCAUCAAACUUGUAUAAAUAUAAUAAGAAGUACUUUUGACAUAUCAAAUUAUCUAUUGGAAGAAUACAAUAGUACUUCAAAAUUAUGCUGUGAUAUUGUACUUUUGUAUUGUAGUUGUCUAUCUUCAACAAUUGGUAUAGUUUUUAUGAAUAAUGCAUUUGAUGCUAUAACAAUGUUAUUAGAUUUUAGUAAAAUGGCUUAUAAAAAACAAGAACCAAGUUUAUUAGAAAUUAUUGUACCAAAUUUCGCAUGUGUUAUGAUGGUUACACUAACUAAAUAUGAUCAAGAUAAAUUAUUUAAAUAUACGAAUAACUUGAAAUUAUUAAAUGGGUUAACUGAAAAAUAUUUUACAAUUAUUAAAAAUACUUUUGACAGUCAAAGUUUAUAUCUCUCAUAUAUAACUAUUAUGUUUAAUGCUGCAAUCAAUAGUAUAAGUACAGAAAUAACACAUAUGUUACAAUGCUCAUGUGUAACAGAAGAAAAAAUUUUAAUUACUCAAUUCCCUUAUUUAGCAAAAAAGAUAUUAAAAAUUAUUUUAAAUAAAAGAAAAUAUCAAAAAUUGAGUAUACAAGUAUUAACAAAGACAAUAACAAAUUAUACGAAAAUUGACAUGCUUUCUGCUCUGAUAGUAAUAUAUAAAAUACUUAAAUCAACUGAUAAAACAACUAUUAAUAGACUUAAAAACGUGACAUUAGCAGCCAAAGAGCAUUACCAAAAGCAAUCUUGUAAUAAUUGCUUUGACAGAGGAAAUACUAUAACGGAAAAGUCAUUCUGGAAGAUGCUGUUCAUCCCUUACAAUGAUCAAUUUGGUUUGAUUGUAACAUAGGCCACUUGGAUUUCGACAAACCAUUUACCAGAAGAUCGUAAAUUGAAGAGGAUAAGGGAGGGAAAAUAGAAAACAGCAUGUUAUCGGCCAUUUCCGGGCCCUUUGUUAAUCGCCACGCCUCCGAAACUGCGUUUGCGCGUAACAAUUUGCGCAACAGUUGGAAAUUGGAAUUUUGCCUCGAAAUAACCUUAAUCUCGACAAAAAUAAGAAUUGGCUAAAGAGUACUACAAUCAUUUAAGUCUUUUUUUUUUUACAAAUGAUGAAUACAUCGUCUAAUUGAACAAAAACCUAUUUUUUUUACGUUAUAUUAUACGUUAUAUAUUUAUAUUUUUUUUAUGUUACACAAAUUCACAUGAUAUAUUUCAUAUCUUAUAUGUAUAUAUAUAUAUAUAUAUUCAUCUUAAAUAAUAUUUUUAAAUUUUUUUCUUAUCAUAUAUUCGAAAUACUAUCUUGAAGUUUUAAGUUCACAUGCUUAAUAAGAAAAUUAUUCUUUUGCAUAAAGUUGAACUUUAUUACGGUCGACAAUCAGACCCAAUCAGUAUAUUAGAAGCGUAUGCAUUUAAUGUCGCGUAUAAAGUGCGUCGAUCAGAAGUCCAAUUUUGUAAUCUUGCUGUGCAUAUGAAUGCGUGCCGCUGAUAAAUUGUUUUUCAAUUAGAUUGUUAGACUGAGACUUUUUAAAAAAACACUUUUUAAUGUAUCAUAAACAAACGAAAACAAUUCAUCUUUUACGAUAUUCAUUUGUUUUUAUGUAUGUAAUAUUGACGUUAAAAAACAGAUAUUAAUUACAAUAAUUUAUUUUAUUAGUAUAAUUUAAUAAUUUGUAUUGGUUUGAUAAUUUUGUUAUAAUGCUAUUUCUUAUAAAUUUAAUUCUCAAUGCUAAUAUUUGAUAUAAAUUAACGCAAAAUUAAAUACAAUGUCAUUUUUUAUAAAUUGAAAAA